CGACCGAGCGCGAGCGGAAAAGCAGGGCUAGGCUUGUAAUGUGUCGCCGGCCCGCUGGGCGGGAAGAGAGUGGUUUUCUGAUGUGACGCUCUGUGGUGCCGGUUCCGGGUUAGCGGGUUGGGGGAAUGACCUAAUUGCACACCUGUUCUCUGACGUCACUGCAGGUGUGGUCGGCGUUCCAGGCUGAGCAAAGUUGGCGACCUUGAAAAUUUAGCGUCCCAUGGCCUAUGGAAGAAGAAUCAGUGCCAGAUUUUGGAGUUCAGGAAUGACCUUAGACAAUAUCAAUUGGGCAGCUGUGGAUCGAAUAAUCCGGGUGGAUCACGCAGGUGAAUAUGGAGCAAACCGCAUCUAUGCUGGGCAGAUGGCCGUCCUGGGCCGGACAAGCAUCGGGCCGGCCAUUCAGAAAAUGUGGGAUCAAGAAAAGGACCACUUAAAAAAGUUCAAUGAGUUGAUGGUUGCCUUCAGGGUGCGGCCGACCGUUCUGAUGCCCUUUUGGAACGUGGUGGGAUUUGCACUGGGCGCAGGAACCGCCCUGCUGGGGAAGGAGGGCGCCAUGGCCUGCACCGUGGCUGUGGAAGAGUCCAUAGCGCACCACUACAACAACCAGAUCCGGAGGCUGAUGGAGGAGGAUCCUGCCAAAUACGAGGAGCUGCUUCAGGUGAUAAGGAAGUUUCGGGAUGAAGAGCUUGAGCACCAUGACAUAGGCCUGGAACACGGCGCAGAGCUGGCUCCAGGGUACACCGUUCUGAAGAGCGUUAUUCAGGCCGGAUGCAGUGUGGCGAUAUAUUUAUCAGAAAGAUUUUAAAUUGUGUCCACUUUUCCCUGUGUAUAAAUGAGAGUAAUUUAACGAGUGACAUGGGCAGAAAAGGAAACAUACGAUCAUUGUUCUGUGAAUUUGCUAUUAAACUAUGAGAGGUUUUUUUCAUUAAAAAAAAAAAAAAAAAAA